AUCGAAUCUGUGAUUCCGGGUCAUCGAAGUUACUGUUCUCAUCUCACUUUCGAUCCCAAAGAACCAAAGACCAAAGAACCUUGUCACAAGUUAUCGAGGAGGCCAUCACAAUCGCACAGAGUAGAACAAAUCGACACGAUGGCAGAGGCAGAAGCUAAAGAAGAAGAGCCAAAGGUUGAGGAACCCAAGGAGGAAGGCGCCAAGGCAGGAGAAACUGAAACGCCAAAAGAUGAAGCAGCGAAAGUCGGGCCAGAAGACCGAAGCAAAGGAUCAAUGCCUGAUCCUUCCAGUCUGAUGGGAGACGGUCCAAAGGAAGAGCUUGCAGAAGUAGAACAGUUGGGUACCAUCAGUCUCGAAACUCUGAAUUCUUAUAACUGCAACAACCCUGAUCGACGUUUAAUGUGUUUGUUUGGUGUGGUAUACGAUGUUACUUCUGCCGUGAAGAAGUACGGACCGGAUGGAUCCUAUUCUGAGUUUGCGGGCCAUGAUAUCACCCUCACACUGGGCGCAGGCCAGAUGGGUGAUAAGUGGCUUGAUAAAUACAUCAAAUAUGAUCCGGCUUGGAAGGAAGGGGCGGAAAAGUGGGUGGACUACUACGCUGCAAAGUAUCCAAAGUGUGGUUUCCUUGACAAGUGGAAUGAAGAUCCAGAUAGCUGGCCUGCACCCUCCGACGAAGAGCGGGAAGCCCUCAAUUCGCAAUGCCUAAUUUUGUAGAGCUGAUGGUUGUGAUUGGAUCUCUCGAAUUCUGAAUUGAUAUAUUGGCAAUUCUUGGUUCCUGAAACUGUGUCUAUCCGUAUCCGUGGUUAGCUUGAGCCUUGGAAGCAAGACCGUGGUUUUGCACAGUCAGUCAACAAAGCUAAAAGGUUUAUUAACACGACAAUCUGCAUCAUCAUACUUGAUCAUGCCAAGACCUAGCUAGAAAGGCAAUCACACCAUUAAAGAAGCAUAAUCCACCCCUGCAAUCUUUACGGUACAUGAUGCAGACGUCAGCCAUUACCCAAGUCUUACAGCUCGUCUUGCUAGAAGACAUGGAAUCUCCUUUUCUGUUUCUGUAGUGAAGGCUGAUUGUUGCCGUAGUAUCGGGCGAGAUCAAUAGAUGCCGAAUGGAAUCACCAUGGAUCGAUCUGAGUGCAUGCCGAAGCUAGUUAGCGGUCCGCACCGUAUCUG